ACUAUAAGCUCCAACAUCCCCACAAGAUCAGUGACAAAAUCCGCAAACGCAAAACGCAACGAAACGAAACGCACCGAGAAACGGAUAUAAUCGAAAACUUCCAGUAAAAUGCAGUCCAGUUGUGUGUUAGUGAUCGUCCUGGGCUUAGCCGCCUUGGUGGUGGCUCGUCCGGAGCCCCCACGUGACUCGUACAGUGCCCCGCCAUCGAGCAGCUACCAGCCGAGUGGACCCAGCGGCGGAUAUGGAGCCCCUGCGCCUCAAUACGGACCUCCCCAGCAGCCGCCGGUGGUGCAUAAGCAUGUGUACGUCCAUGUCCCCCCACCAGAGCAUGAGUACCAGGCACCCAGGAAACCUCUGUACGUGCCACCACCACAGAAGCACUACAAGAUUGUGUUCAUCAAGGCGCCAUCCGCGCCCGCACCCACGGCACCCAUCAUUCCACAGUACCCGCAGAACGAGGAGAAGACUCUGGUCUAUGUGCUGGUGAAGAAACCGGAGGAACAGCCCGAGAUCAUCAUCCCGACGCCGGCGCCAACACAGCCCAGCAAGCCGGAGGUGUACUUCAUCCGCUACAAGACCCAGAAGGAGGAGACCGGACCCUAUCCCAACAGUGUUGCGCCCCCAGCACCGGAGUACGGUGCCCCGGCUGGACCACCAGCCCCGUCCGCUCCCAGCAGCUCCUACGGAGCACCAUCGCACUAAGUGGAACCUCCCCGCACACAACCGAAUCUCAACCCCAGCUCAUGGCAAUCCCAUACACCAUAUCUAUAAUAUUUUUGCUCUGGAAACGUCGAGGAACUCUCGACUUUAACGCGUGACAAAGUUUACUUACAAACAACGAAGGGACACCCCAUACCAUACCGUCCAUCCUUUAUUCUCAUCCCAUUUAUUGUUGUUUCUUGUGUAAUUUUUUACCUCUGAAGUUUGUUUCUACAAACCUAUGUAUGAGAACAUUUCCCAUCUAGGCUGUUUGUUUCAAAUUGUUUGUUUAGUCUUAAGUGUUCUAGGUCUUUAAGCAAAAAGAAAGAUGCGUUAUACACACUCGAUUCACACACACUGCGAUCACUGCGAACUAGUUAUCGAUAGACGAUACCGAUACCGAUGCUCGACUCAUCGCAAAUGCAUUUUCCACUAGGCAAAUCUACCAACAAACGAGAGAAGUUUCCACACAUUGCUGCUGCUGUUGUUGUUUUGCACACAAUUUUAAUGAGUAAUGAGAAUGCGAGAGACAGAAAUCGAAUACAAAAAAAUUACAACAAAAAAAGAAAGAAACGAUAAAUGAUAAUGAUACUCAAGUAUGAUAUAUGUAUAUGAUAGAAAACGAUAACA